AUGGAAGGUGACAACUGCUCUCCUCAUGAGCUCCGAGAGAGCUCAAAACAGGCCCGAGACUCGUCCAUCAGCGGCUGCUUCGGGUGGGUCCGAACAUGGAUAUGCAACAGAAAUGACUUGGAUAGUGAUGAAGAUUUUUAUGAGAGGAGAUGCGCAGAAGACUCCCGAGACUCGUCCACCGGCGGGUGCUUCGAGAGCAUCCGAAGAUGGGUACGUGAUAAGUUUUCUAGGCACCUCGGAACAGAACAAGAGACCCUGACAGCACCGCGACCUGUGACGCCUGGGACGGCGACAGCCCAGCGCCCUCUGAUGCCUAUGACGGCGACAGCCCAGCGACGCGGCGAGUGGAAAUGCGUUAGGGACAGGAAGGAAGGUAGCCACACAGCGACAUGUAGCAGGGGCGACCAUGCAGGUUACACUCUGCACGGGGGAGAGGCGCAGUGCUCAGUGCUGAAUAGUGUGGACGCUGUGGAGCCGAGCCUGAAGAGUGCAGCGGAAAACCAGGGGGAAGCAGAAAACUCAGUGUCUGAAGGAGACGAAAACGCACAGACACUGAGUUUACAGGCUUCUGAACUGAAAGAAAUGGAUCCGUCAGCAACAGAAGCACGGCCCUUGAACGCAAGUGCAAAGCAGGAGCGAACGGAACAACUUGAUGAGAAACUCGAGCCUCUCAGAAGGCAAGUCUCUCCGUGGCAGACGAAAAAGAUUAGGAAGGAAACCAAAAAGAAGAAAAGAGGAAAGAGGUGAAUGGAGGAACUGAUGAAACGUCUAAGAGCUGUGCCUCGGAACAGCACACGGGACCCUGACAGCAUAGCGACUUGCGACGGAGACAACACAGCCACCGGCGAGUGCGACAGGCUAGCCGCCGGCAAGGGCGACAGCACAGCGACUUGCGACGGAGACAGCACAGCCACCGGCGAGUGCGACAGUGUAGCCGCCAGCAAGAGCGACAGCACAGCGACUUGAGACGGAGACAGCACAGCCACCGGCGAGUGCGACAGGCUAGCCGCCGGCAAGGGCGACAGCACAGCGACUUGCGACGGAGACAGCACAGCCACCGGCGAGUGCGACAGGCUAGCCGCCGUCAAGAGCGACAGUACAGGUACUUGCGACGGAGACAGCACAGCCACUGGCGAGGGCGAGAGCACAGCGAUCGGCGACGACCAAAGCCCAGCGACCGACGAGGGCGGCAGUCCAGCGAUCUGCGACGGCGACAGCACAGCCAGUGGGGAAGAAGACAGCCCAGGGACCGUCGCCAACAACAGCCCAGCGACUGUCGACGGUGACAGCACAGAGACCGGCGAAGGGAACAGCGUCAGUUACAGGAGUGGUCUGCAUAUUUACGUUAGUGCGGCAGUCAAUCCAUACCUUAGUGAGAAAGUGAUUCAAUACGACCCUGAAGUUUAAAUGGUUUCCAAGCAUUCUGUUUGCGUAUUCUUCAAAUUUAGACUGAAGAUAUAUUACAACUUUUUUUCUUACAAUUUCUGGUUGUAUACUGUAUUGUCAUUAGAAACCACCCAGUUCUGCAUAUUUAUUUCCGGAGUUCAAAAAAUAAAACUGUAAUCGACGCCGCUUAUUUUGAAAGAGUUUCUUUAAAAAAGUAUGUACUCGCUGUGCUGUCGCUCUUGCCGGCGGCUACACUGUCGCACUCGCCAGUGGCUGUGUUGUC